GAAAAACGGAGGAUAUAACAGUAAAUAGAGAAAAGAGAUAGAGAUAACUAAAUAUAGAAUUUGAAACGAGUGGCCGUUUGAAAUCCAAAUGAGAAGGAAACCUUUCCAGACAAUUUCAAAAUCACUUCUUCUCAGACACUGUCCAAAGCUUUCGUCUUUGUCUGGUUAGAUUCUCCAGAGAUAGAAGACGAUGACAGGUCUUGCGAUGGCGGCAAAGGGAGGGAGAGAAGGAAAGGAAACCUCGUCGGAGGAUGAGCAGAACCAGCAGCAACUGUCGGUGCUUGAGUUUCUGUUGUCGGCGCUCCGGAGAUCGAUGGUGUCGUGUCGGGUGGACAGCCGACAAGAUGACGGCCAAGGGACCUGUCAUCGACUGGACAUCGGACGGCCGACGAACGUCCGGCACAUCACCCACGUGACCUUCGACCGAUUCCACGGAUUUCUGGGCCUCCCACUCGAGCUCCAGGUCGAGAUCCCUUGUCGGGUCCCAAGUGCAAGUGUGAGUGUCUAUGGUGUGUCGGCGGAAUCAAUGCAGUGUUCUUAUGAUCAGAAAGGAAACAGCAUUCCGACGAUUCUGCUGCUAAUGCAGGAAAGGCUGUAUUCCCAUGGAGGUCUCAAGGCUGAAGGAAUUUUCCGGAUAAAUCCGGAGAACGGGCAAGAAGAGCAUGUCAGAGGCCAACUGAACAGAGGUAUCGUUCCUGAAAACGUCGAUGUACAUUGUCUGGCCGGUCUUAUAAAAGCCUGGUUCAGAGAGCUACCUUCUGGAGUUCUCGACGGGCUUUCUCCUGAACAAGUUCUGAACUGCAACACCGAAGAAGAAUCCGUUGAGCUUAUAAAGCAGUUGAAACCAAUGGAGUCUGCUUUGCUCAAUUGGGCUAUUGAUCUUAUGGCCGACGUUGUUGAGGAAGAAGACUCAAACAAAAUGAAUGCGAGGAACAUAGCCAUGGUUUUUGCUCCUAACAUGACUCAGGUGACAGAUCCAUUGACGGCUCUGAUGCAUGCUGUCCAAGUGAUGAACUUGCUUAAGACCCUCAUCAUGAAAACGCUAGCAGAGCGAGACGAGGCGGCAACUGCAUCAGUUGGAUAUUCUCCAUCGCAUUCUUCUCUUUCCCAGACAGAUGACGAAUCCGACCAUCCCCAGGACAUGGAUGUCAGCUGUGAGUCACAAGGGAUGGAUUCAGAAUCUGGAGGUGAAGAAGAAAAUCUCAUCCAGUCAAUCGAUCAAGACAGGGAUGAUGUUGAGUCAGAGUCACUAAGUGCGAUAGAGAAAUGCUUCUUGAGGAAGCUCAACGAUGAUAGAAUCUCAAACGACGGUAUCUGCCAAGACUGGAUCCCGAACCGUUCAUGUGAAGUAUCUUGAACUGUGAAGUAUCAAAGGGCUUAGCCCACUUACGGUAGCAUUUUGCUCUUUUCCCACGUGUGUCCAGACACAACCUGUUCGUAGCUCCAUUGCCUGAAGGAUCAAAACAAGAAGAAGAAUGAAAAAAUGGUUCUGCCUGUAAAUCAUUACAGAGAUUAGGUUCGGUUUGUUAAGAGUGGGAAGGCAAAGUCAGUGGUUUGUUGGCUCCAUAACAUUGUUGUUUGUAGCGUUUGUCGUUUGAUGUGUAAGCAGAUCUCUAACCUUCAUGAAUGAAUUUGGUGACCGAUCUCUAGGUUUGCCCUGAAAAAUCUUUGUUAAAGAUGCAAACUCUAUGCC